AUUCAAUGCUCUUUCAAAAUGUAGAAUAUACAUUUCAGACGAGGAUAUAUCAUUUUGGGAGGAGAAUAAUAUUGGCCCAGCAGUUAAAAUUGAUAGUAUGCGUGAUGUUUUACGUGUAUUUGUCAAUGGCCAGCUUGAAGGCACUGUGAUAGGUCGUUGGGUGAAGGUUUUCCAGCCUAUACAUUUUGUCAAAGGAUAUAAUGAUCUAGUGUUCUUAUCUCAAACAGUUGGCCUGCAGAAUUAUGGUGCAUUCUUGGAGAAAGACGGAGCAGGGUUUAGAGGGCAAGUUAAACUUACUGGAUUUCAAAAUGGGGAUAUAGACCUCUCAAAGUCUUUAUGGACCUACCAGGUUGGGCUCAAGGGAGAAUUCUUGAAGAUAUAUGCUGCAAAAGAAAAUGAAAAGGCAGGGUGGAUUGAUUUAACUCUAGAUGUUGAUCCAACAAUUUGA